AUGAAUGAUACAAUCACCAUCCGAACAAGGAAGUUCAUGACAAACUGGCUGCUUCAGCAUAAGCAUAUGGUAAUUGAUGUCCUUCAUCCUGGAAAAGCCAUUGUACCCAGAACAGAAAUCCUUGAGAAGUUGGCAAAAAUGUAUAAGACAACACCAGAUGUCAUUUUUAUCUUUGGCUUCAGGACCCAUUUUGGUGGUGGGAAACUAGACGGCUUUGACAUGAUCUAUGAUUCUCUAGACUAUGCAAAGUCUAGAAAAGAAAUAAAUAAAAGUUACUUUUUAUAA